GCGCCUGAUUUGUCUCCGUGUUUGUCGUUUCAAACCUUUCUUCCUGCAUUUCAUGUCUUCUGUCGUUAUAACCAAUAGUAUACACAGAUCUAAAAGUUCGUUUUACUUACAAAUCAGAUAUGCAUAUCAAGAAGAGACUUCGCCGCUACAUAAGUAACAUUAUAAGCUUUACUAAUUCCCACACUCGAAACACGCUUCGUGAUCGAUCUGCUGAUUUUUAUGCAAAUGAAGUUACAGAUGAAUUGGUUGAUCUCAUGCGUAAAGUUUGGCUUCCGAUUGUUGGUCCUGGUUAUGAAAUCAUAGUUUUACAUAUUCAUAAAUCUCGCGGAACAUCAAACUUGGGCAUAAGCAUUGAAGGUGUGACCUAUGUGGCAGAACCAGAUUUCGAUCAUGAGAAUUUAUCAUCUACAACGGUUACAACUAAUAGUCAAAUCGAAGAUAAAUCUAAUUCAAGUAGUAAACUGUUACCAAAUGGUAUGGCAAAAUCUGCUCAUUCAAAUGAUAUCAAGUAUAGUGAUAUGCCAUCACGUCAUUUCGUCCAAUAUAUUGUACCUGAUGGUCUGGUCGGUAGUUUGGGUGUUGUGCAAAAGGGUGAUGAGUUACUUCAGGCUAAUGGUCAUCGUAUACAUGGUACAACGCAUACUAGUACUCUUCGUUAUUUGCGCAAUUUACCAUCACGCAUUGAAUUAGUCUUUGCUCGUAGAAAAUCUACAUAUGAGAAUGGAGGUGAUGACGUGUUUAGUAUUACGGGCGGUAAGGAUCAGUUGAUUGAUGUUGCAGGGGAAUCACUACUUGAAGUAGCUGCUAGUGAAAUCGGUUCUGUAGAUACUGGUUCAUCUAUGAGAAUAGUGAAUGCUUACGAUAAUGUUGAUCGGUCAAUUUAUUCUAGUCCAGUAUCGCCGGCUACGGCCCAUAAACGUGUCACCGAAUGGAUUCGAAAAUCUCAAGGAGAUUUAAGUGCGACUAUUGACUAUUCAUCUUCACCUGAAUCUUCUGUAACUAAACAAACUAAUAAUAAAUCAGAAAGAUUCAAUUAUUGUGAUUUAAAACACCCCCUCAAUAAUUAUGUUAAUCCGAAUUACACUAGUAAAUUACAACAGCAGUAUCCAGUAAAUACAAUGAAAAACAAUCGUAAAUAUUCAUUACCCAGUACAAUGCAGCGGUCAGAAACACAAAUACAUUCUAGGACUUUAGGGCGUUUACCAAUAUCAAGAUCUGGUAAAGUGUGUAUGGAAAAACAAUCUACUGAACAACACGAUCAUCGCCGUUGUCAAACUCUACCACAUUAUCAUCAUAAUCGGCCAAAUCGUAUUGACCCUCGUUAUGGUUUUAAACGACCAUGUUGGUCAUCAGUGCCCUUAAUUAUUCAACUGAAUAAAACAACUCAUGGUUUUGGAUUUAGUAUAGCUGAAUAUGAGGAACUACCUGUUACUGACUUAGAAGGCAAUACACUCCGUAAAGCUUAUUCACUUGAUAGAAGGAGUUCUAAUAUUAUUGGAUCUGAUCGUCGAUCAUUUCAUUCCUAUCAUUCUACCGGUUCUACCAUUGCAUCAUUAUCAUCGUUACCUGGUAAGAAUUCCAAAUCUUCCAGUAGAUUGAAACGAAGAUCUACGUGGUCUAGUCGCUCCAAAUCACACGGUAUCUUAUUAGUUGACAGUUUAACUCCAGGUGGUAUUGCACAGUUGGAUGGACGUAUAUCAAUCGGCGACAGGCUCUUAUUUGUUAAUGAUAAAAAUUUAAUGAAAUCUAGUGUAUCUGAGGCCGCUACUACACUAAAGUCCCUUCCUAAUGGACCAUGUUUAAUUGGUAUUGCAAAAAUGCAGUUAGAAUCAAAUGAAACAGAUGACAUUCAUGAAAAAAGCCAACAACAAUUACUACUGCCAUACCCUGUUGUCUCUUCUAGACCUUCUGUGAUUGGCAUGUUUCCAGAUACUGGUGAAAUGAAAAAGAUCAGUGUUAAGUCUGAUCUAGCAUAUCCAUUACACGUAAACACUGGUGAUAGCACUAUCGAUAAUGACGAUAAUAAUACGAUUAUGUCAAGGCAUGGAAUGACUGCAUGCUUUGAUAACUUCAGUUGGAGUUUAAUGCGUACUGUUUAUUCAUGUCCUUCUUUACAAAGGCCCCUACCCGAUUCAGUAUUUACUUUACGUGCAAGUAUUACCGAUAAUGAUAAUAAUUAUGAUAAAUAUCGUAUGCCUUCCAUAAAUAAAAGGUUGUUUACUGGAAAUAGUUUGGAUCAGUUGCAACAACAAAGUGAAUCUUUUUGUGGUCCGAGAUCACCAACACCUAAUCAUCUGAACCCUUUACUUUUGGAAACUAAUCUUUCUUCUACACACCAAAAGUGUAAAAGUUAUAGUUAUAUUGAGCAGUUAGGAAAAUACACCAAUCAAUAUUAUUUUCAUCGUCAUCAUUCUUACCGUAUGUGUACAUUAUCUGAAUGUGGACAAAGUCAUAUGAUCCACGAUAUUCAGAAGUGUCUGAAUACUAAUAUCAUCAACCAGUUACCUCUUCAUUUAGCGCAUGAAAUCGUCCAAAAAGCAGUGGAUUUAAUUAAUUGCGAAGUGUUGGAUGAUUCAAUGAGAUCAAAUUCGACUACCGAACGGAAUCGGUUCAUCUCAUCAACGUCAUCGACAAAAGCAGGAACAACAGAUUCAAGUCAGUCAUGGACACAAUCUAUGAUUUCUGGAUUCUUAACAUCUUCGAACGUUAACGUUGAUGAUAGCAAUAAUAGCAGAUUAGGUGCUGAUAAAGUAGAUCAAAUUCUUACUGAUCAUCACUCUGCUUCAUCAUUGAUCUCUAGAAGUAGUUAUUGCACUACUGACAACAAUGCUAGUAGUACCCAGUAUUUAGCCGAUCAACUUGUUAUUCAAUCCAUUUUAAAAGCUUUGAAAUACUUGGAAGAACAAAAUACCAGUAAUGAUAGAUUAUGUAAUUCUUCUGUUACAUCAUCUACUAUUCCGCAUCAUAUUUCCACGCCAACUAAAGCAUCCACAAUUGAAUUAAUUUCAAAGAGCAGAGAGUUUUCAGUAUUUAAUAGACACCAACUACCUUAUAUUAGUCAGAGUGGAGAUGUAAAUAAUGGAUCCGAAUGGUGUUCUGCAUCUAGUAAAUUGAGUAGUUACUAUAGAUUCCAAUUUCUCUCGGACGAAAAUGGUCAUAAUAAUGUUGACAAUUUGUAUUCAAAUGGAGAAAUGGAUAAUAGUAAUAAUAAUAAUGCCAUCAUCAUAGGAAAUGAUAAAACUGACGAUAAUGAUGAAGAAGAGGAUGUAAAAACAGAGUGCGAUUUAUCUACAAGCUCAUCAGUCUCUCUCUCCCCUUAUGUCCAUCCAAAAACUAUGUCUUCAUCCAUUGAAUCUGAUCAUCAUGAGUUCAAUCAUUUACGCUUCGAGUCACUUUUCAUUCAUAAUUGUUAUUCAUCACCAAAAUCAAUCAGGUCCAAUGAGCAUGCGAAUAGUUGUAAUAGUAGUAUUAGUUAUAAUAACAGUAAGACAGUUGAUAAACAUAAUUCGGGGUAUUGUUGUGUUAUUGAACAUGAUCAUGAUGCUUCACAGUCACGUUUUGCUGGUGAACGUCUGAAUAUUUCUUCAACAUCUCACCAGUACAGUUGUCACCGACACCGAUCUGGAAGCCAUGAUAAUCAUGCUAUCCUGGACAAUCAACUUACAAACCGUAUAGAUGAAAAACAUGAGAAGCUUGAUAUAAAGAAUGGUCUCAAUGCAACUGGAACUGAAGAUUUGGCUUUAGAUUUUUACACACUACCAUUACUUUGUCCAAAUCCUCAACUACAUGCACCCGAUUUACAAUAUGUCACUCCAGUUGACCCAACAUUAGAAAUAUCUGAGCGUUUGGAACGUGGAUCUUUACCGAUAGGUUUAAAGUUAGAUGCAUUAGCCUGUCAUGGUCAAGAUGGUUGUCGUGUCGUGCAGGUUUUAGGUGGUGGGGCUGUAGCUCGUGAUCAAGUUCUUGUCACAAAUGAUUAUAUAACUAGUUUGAACGGUCUUUCUAUGCGUUAUUUAGACAAUUUAAAAGCAUUUGAAAUCUUACAUUCACUAUCGCAAAAUUCAGCUGUGAUUCACAUAACGUAUUUUCCUGCUUCCGUUAUUGAAUCUCAUCGAAUUAAAUGUUUAUCUAAAACAUUGAAUCAAACGAGUGAAAAUCCUUUACAGAGAAGUUCUUUUCCAUAUUCGUCUAUUGUACAACCUAUAAAUUGGUCACCUCCGGUUGCAAUUGUACUUCAUCGUUUAGAUACUAGUCAACCCUGGGGUUUGGUUGUAUCUGGUUCUGAUAUUUGUUCAAAAUUGAAUUGUUCAGCACCAAUGAAUUUAGAAAAUCCAAGCAUUGUAUCCGAGAUAUUGCCUAAUAGCGUAGGAAAAAAUUGUAAAUUGCUUAGUCGUGGUCUAUUGAUCUUACAAAUUCAAGAUAUCGAUGUCUCCACCAAAGGUCCAAAUUAUGUCAAUGCUUAUCUGCAGUAUCUGUCAGAUCAGCCUGGUCUACGUGAAAUUCACAUAGUUGUGUGCCAUUUUAAUGAUGACUGUACAAAACAUAUUAUUAAUGGUGGUGUUGCUGAGAUGUUUAAUCCAGGCAAUCAAGUUAAUAUUACCAAUUAUACUACUAGUACUACUACUACUACUAAUAAUAAUUUUACUGAUAAAAUGGAGUUAUCCAACUAUUUAAAUAUCUCCACACCUAUCAAUGGUCAACUAAUAUGUGAUCAUAUUGUCCACCCAGGGACAUCUCCAAGUUCCAGUGAUAUGGAAGAUCCUGAACCACUGACUGAUAUGGAGUCUCGUGAUGUGGUAGAUAUUUUAUCUCGAUCAGUACCGUCGCCAGAUCCGAAUAAUUCUUCCGAUUCACAGCAUAAUACAUAUAGGAAAACUACUCUAUGUCCAUUAUCUCAACUUUCAUCGCCUAUUUUAAAAGAUGAGGAUAACGCUGUCAAUACUGAUGUUAUAUUUUCAACGUAUGAAAAAUCCGAUAAAAAAUCAAUACUACAAAAUGGCUGGGUUAGUGACAGUGUUUGUAGUUCUAGUUCUCCAUCAUUUCCUCCACCUCCACUACCUUCUAGACGAUUGUCUACAACAUCUAAAGAACAAGAGGCGACUGGUUAUUUAAAACCUAUGGUAGUUAAUGAUUCAAAUGUAAAUGAAUUAAAUUUCUAUAGUCCUGUGAAAUUGUACACACGUGAUAGUCAAGAUGAGAUACUUGUUAUUCGUCUACCAUUACUAAUUAAUUCUUCAUCAAACUACACCCAUAAUGUUAACGAAGAAACGGAAAAUUUGGGUUUCCAUCUUGUAAGCUGUUCUAAUCCCGAGAGUAUGGCUACAUUUGUUGCAAGCUGUCAAACGGAUUCUAGUGGCGGUCUUGAGUGUGGAGAUGAAAUUAUACAGGUUGAAGACAUCAAUGUCUGUGGGUUAGAUCAUAUUUCCGUUCAACACAUUAUCCAUUCAAAAAUUACCGAAUUAAUGUUGAAUAAGUAUUCAAUCAAUAACUCAAGUAAUAAUUAUUUUAUUGGUAAUGAUAAUAAUGGAAAAGUGAGUGAUUCUGAUCAAUCAGUUAUCAAAUCUUUCAUUACACUAAUCAUAAGACGAAAUCCAAAAAAUUUGUCAUUAAUGUCAUUUUCACGGGAGUGCAAUGAUUCACCAUUGAGUGUAGAUAAUUUGACUGGUAGCACCUGUUCAAAAGCGUUAUCGUCAUCAUCACCUAAUCCAUUACCAACUGGUUCAAAGCCAAUUCCACAUACAUUUCUAAAAGAGAUCAUGGUUGAAUUAAAUGAAGAUUUUUGGAAAUUUCAAUUAUUCGACAUUAUAUUGGAGAGAGGUUCAGACGGUUUCGGUAUUUUCAUCGUUAAUUUGAGUCCAAACAAUGAACCUGGUGUAUUCGUCAGCGAAAUCCGUCCAAACAGCCCAGCACAACUACAAGGAGUUCUUAGACCUCAUGAUCGUAUACUAGCUAUUGAUGGUCAACUUCAAUGUGAUUAUGAAAGUACACUGGAAUUGUUGCAAAAAUCAAGAAAAUCUGUACGCCUAACCAUCGGUAGACAAAUACCUUGUCACAGUGACUCACAACAAAUGCUACAAUUUGGAUAUGUAACUACAACAGGGGAUAAUCCAGAUAAUGAUACAAAGCAUCAUAAAUUAUCCAUUAUACCUGGGAUUCCUGCUACAGUUACUCUGUACAAGACUGACGGAGGUCUCGGAUUCUCGAUUGUCGGUGGAAGUGACACAGUUUUGAGUAACAUUUUGGUUCAUGAAGUACACUCUGGUGGAGCUGCUGCACGUGAUGGUCGGCUUCAAGUUGGUGACCGCUUGUUAGCUGUCAAUGGGAUCGAUCUUCGUGAAGCUACCCAAAAAGAUGCCACAAAGAUUAUACGAACAGCUGAUGACUGUAUCCAAUUGGUUGUGUACAGAGAUCCUGAACCACAAUAUAUAAAUCAAGGUGUAUUCGAAUGUCAUAAUGUUCACUUGAAACGUGACAUGCCUGGACAAAGUUUUGGUCUGUCAUUGAUUGGUCGACCUCAUUAUUCGACUGGAACAGCUAUUGGAGGCAUUAUAGAGAAUAGUCCAGCUGCUCGUUCAAAUCUUUUGGAAGUUGGUGAUAUAAUUUUAGAAAUUAAUGGUUGGGAUAUGCGUUUGGCUAAAUCAGAUGAAGUAGUCAAUUUAUUAAAGAAUGCACAUAGCGACGUGAAAUUAUUGAUUGGACGUUACAAAACUGGGCCAUCAAUGCAUGCCUAUCCUCGAAAUCGAUUAAAUGUCUAUGUGGUUGUACUUGAACGUCGUCAAUUUGGCUUCUGUAAUGAUCGUCCUCAGGCGGGAAAACCUUAUUCCAAUGAUCCUGAUAUUCUUGUUGAUUCUGUCUGUCAAAAAACUGAUGAAAAUGAAUUACACGAUUUAAAAUCAUCAACCAACUGUAUUACCGUAAACAACAAUCAGAAGAUUAGUGAUGAUGACGGUAAUAAUAACAAUGAUGAAAUUGCUUCAGCUGCAUUUGGUUUGCGUAUUCGUUAUGCGAGUUCACAAGAAUUAUGGGACUCACACAUUCGACUAAUCGUAGAUAGUAUUCAACAUGACAGUCCAGCAGAUCGAUUAGGAAUGAUAAUGCCGGGUGAUCGCCUGUUAAGUAUAGAUCGUGAACCGGUAGAUUGGUUGAAUCCAACCGAAGUGGUCCAGCUAUUAGCUAAUCUACUGUAUUGUACAAUUGAAUUAGGUCGUUUACCGUAUUUCAACGCACCAUUAUCUGCUAACAAUAAUGCUAUAUCAGAUAAGUGUUUUAAGCCUUCUCCACCACCGGUCACUUCGUCAUUAUCUCCAUCUCAUCGAAUUCAACAAGAUGAACAUGAUAUGUUCCCACCUUAUCCACCUCCGUCACUAGAACUACCGACAUUAUUUGGUGGUAUUAUGCCAUGUAUUGAAACACCAAGCUUUUUAAGAGAUAUGUGCACUUUACCUGAACUACAAGAUGAAGAUGAUGAAAGUAAGAAUAAUAAAAUUAAAUUUGGACAUCGUGAGAAUGAUAAUCAUUAUCGGUUACCUGAAUCUACUUAUUGUGCAAUUAAUUCAAGCAAUCAACAAGACCAAAUUGAUUCAAUGUUGAAUAUGACACCUUUAAAUGAAGAAGAAAUUGAAAAGGCUUUAGAAUUAGCUGGGAGAGGCAGUGGAGGAUUUUUUGUACGACAGAUUUAUUUACCAGCUGCACCAGUUAAUACUAACAAUAACACCAAUUCUAGUCAUAUAUCAAAUAUUCAUUUAGGUUUACGUUUAGUUAGUGGCCCGGGUGUUAGUGGACCAGUUGUUGUUCGUAUUGAGCCGAAUUCAUGUGCUUCUAGAACCGAUAUUCAAAUUGGUGAUCGUAUUCUGGGUCUAGAUGAUAAACUGUUACUUUCUUUACGUCAAGAUAAUCAUUCUGCUGAUGAUAUACUAUGCACAAUUGAAAAUGAUUGGAUUACACGUUCAAUAAAUUCUCAAUUGACUUACGAACAAAAUCCCUGUUGUUUAACAAUUAUUAGUUAUCAUAGUUUACCACUUGGUAAACAAGAAAAUGAUUCUAAAAUUGAAGAAAAGAAUUCAAAUAAAAACCUAGAAAAUAAUGCACAACUUACUGAAUCUCUAACAAAUUUACAUCUAACCAAUGGUAAUACUUCUAAUUGUCAACAUAGCAUUAGUAGUAUUGAUAUGGGAAAUCCGAAAAAUCACGUGUUAUCUGAUACUACUACACCUUUACCAUUCGAAUCCAAAUCACCCAUGAGUAAAUUCCAACAAAAUGGAGGAGUUGGGCACCAUCAUUCAGAUGAGGAGCUACAUCCAAAUUCACCAUCAUUACAUAAUCACCGCUAUGAAUUGUCUCUUGAACCAAGCGAUGAUGUCAUACAUCGCUUGCCCAAUAAAAAUCUGUUUGUAGAUGAUGCGAUCCACGUGAUAUGUGAAAAUGCUAGUACUACUACCAACAAAAAUAAUGGACAACAUUCAUCAUGUGUUGAAUCGGUAUCAUCACUUUCAACACCGCCACCUGACGAUGAUGGCGUUAUGUGCAAUCGUCCAUUAAUGAAUAUAAAUCGUAAAUUUUCUAUUCAGAAUAAUCAAUAUGCCUAUAAUAACAAUGGGAUUAUGAAUAACAAAGCAUGCCUUUAACACUGUCAAUAACAACAGAAGUAAAUAUACAAUGAUAUAUCUAUUUAAACAAACAGGUUCAUAUAAAUAUAAAUUAAAUGAUAACAAUGAUUUAUGUUUGAUUUUCUCAUUCUCUUCUAUUUCUUAUGUAAUAUUUUAUUCUAAACAUUUGGUUUGUUCAUUUCAAAUUGUUAAUAUCCUGAUUUAUUUUUUUUGAUUAAGAUUUGUGUUAAGAAUAAUUCUGUUAUUACCUCUCUCUCUCUCUCUUUCUGCGUAAUUUUUUUCUGAAUAAGAAAAAAAUCAUCAAUUAUUAUUUUGUAAAAUGAAAAAUAUUCCCUUUUAUCAUCAAUUAUCCUCUAUUAAAAAAUCACACAGAUAAUUCAGUCAAUUAGUAGUAAUUGUCGUUGGUGCAGUUGGGACUAGGAAUUUCAAAACAAUUUAUUCACUCUGUAAUUCGAUUAAGAAGUGCAAGUUGUUCGGUUCUGAAAAAUAUUAACAUUAUUAGCUUCAUUCAUUUUUUUCAACUACACUUUGUGUCUAUCAUAAUUAAAAGGAUUUCAAUGUUGCAUAUUUCCCUUUUUUCGAAUAUGAAAUUCUUUACCUAAUUUGAUUAUUUUUACGAAUCCGGAAAGUAAUUUCUUACAUGAAAUCAAUAUAUAAUUGUGAAUAUAUGGAUAUUUUUGAUUCAUAUAACUUAUUUCGGUAUAUAUAAACAAAUAAAAUGAGCACUGUCAUCAAAUACAGUUAUUGUGCAACCUUUC